CGGCCGCUUGGAUUGACCCCUCAUUGUCUCUUGCAAAAGUUUACUUAAACUCUCAAGGAAGAUAUAUCACGAAUACGAAGCGGAAAGCAUCGUUGACUGGAAAAUAAAUACUACCAUUAAGAAUAUUUACGAAAAAUGGCACCCAAAUUUUCAGAAGACGAAAUCGAUGAUUUGAUUUAUUUUGCUCGGGUCGGGGAGAAAGACGAAUUCGAGACUUUAAGAGAGGAAUUAUGUAAAAGAGAAGGAUGUUCAGCAACUGAGUUGUUGGAGAGUGCCAGAGACAGUGAAAGUGGGAAUGGCGUGUUACAUAUGUCUGCCGCCAAUGGUCAUCACGAACUUCUCACCCUCCUCGCAAAACACCUCUCUAAUCCCUCUCCUCAAAACCCCCAAAUGCUCAAAAUACUCAACACGCAAAACGCAUCUGGGAACACACCUUUACAUUGGGCAGCCCUGAAUGGACAUUUAGAAGCAGUUAAAGUUUUAAUAGAAAAUGGAGCAGAUCCAACGAUUCAGAAUCAGAAGGGACAUGAUGCAGUCUACGAAGCAGAAUUGGCGGAUAAGACUGAAGUCGUGGAAUGGGUCUUGAAGGAGGGUGGUGAAGGACUGGAAGAGGGGAUUGCGGGAGAUGAGGGCGAAAGCGGUGAUGGAGAAGAGGGAGUGGAAGUUGUAGAAGUUGCGGAGGGAGAGGGCUUGGUGGAUAAGGUUAAGGAGUUGGGCAUUGGCGGAAGCGGUUCUGGGGAGAAAUGAACAAGUGAGGGUUUUGAAGAAUUAAUUUUACAAAAGAGACUCAUGACGCCUAGUUAAGCCUAUCCCGUCCUUUGUUAAUGAUCAGACGUAGAUAGCGCUGGCAUUUGGAUGGCUGAAGUUAGAAGUUACAUUGAAUUUGCGCUACCAUUGAUGAGAUAGUCGGCGCUCAAUGGAUGUAUCCGGCUCAUCAGCGGGGAUAACAUUGGGAUAUCCGAUGAAACCAAAACGCAUAAUAACAAAUCAAAUAUAGAAUACCGUUGAAACCUC